AUGUACAAAGCGAUAGACACCGGGUAUGUGGCACUUUUCAAUGAACUUUUGGACGCUGGCGGUGAUGUGGAUUGUAUAUUUGUAGACGAGGCGAAUAUAAGCACAAAAUCGUUACUGCAUAUUUGUUGCGAAAAGGGUCAGCUGGGAUGUGUACAGACCCUAAUAGACCGUGGGGCAUAUUUGUCAGCAAGGGAUAAUUGGGGUCAAACGCCUCUCAUGUUCAGUGUUCUUGCUGAUCGGAAAGAUGUAGCUGAAAUGUUACUGACCCAUCAGCCGUCUCUUAUUAGCGACUCGGAUAAAUACGGCGAGAGCUGUUUGCACUUUGCAGCAAACAACGGCAUGCUGGAAUUUAUGAACAUACUCUUCAAAUACGGAGCAGUUCCGGACAAAGCCAACCAGUCGGGCUACACGCCAUUGAUGACGUCGAUUCUAUCACGUGACAUUGAGAAUUCUCGUUUACGUUGUGAUGUAAUUAAGUUACUAAUAGCACAUGGGAGCAACUAUGAAAUGCGUGAACCCCGCGGAAAACGGUCUUCUCUUCAGCUUGCUGUUCUGGCCAAAGAUGCAGAUGUUGUGGAGGUUCUUCUUCAAGCUGGAGCUGAUCCCAACAGUUUAGAUAGAGGUGGACGCACAGCACUGACUAAUUGCCUCCUUGAGAAUAUCAUAGUACCACGGGAACCAGGUUCAAUGCCAAUCAUUGACGACAAUAUCCAGUCAAUGAUUAUUCUCCUCACACAAGCAGGCACUAAUAUGAACCUGUCAUUAUGUGAAUAUAGUCAUCCCCUCAUUUGUGUUUCUUUUGUGGGAUCACUGCAGUUGGUACAGUUUUUCAUGGAGAAUGGUUCACUUCCUGAUUUGUCAUCUAAUUGUUUUCCUUCUGGUGUGACUCCAAUUUUAACUGCUGCCAGUAGAAACCAGAUCACCAUAGUGAAGCAUUUUCUCAGCUGGGGUUGCUGUUUUAAUGAAAAAGGCAGGAUCAGCCGUAAGCAAACGGACUACAGUUUUGAUUGCUUCGAAUUGGCAAUUUUUCUCAAGUACUGGGACCUUGCCAAAUUGUUGCUAAAGGUUGGUUACCACUGGAAGCCUAACCAAAUAGAUAAAGAUGAAGACCUCAGAGAAUCAUUAGAGACCAGUGAGGAAAUGACCGAAUGGUACAAUUCCUUUGUUCGCACACCACAAUCUCUCAUGUUUUAUAGCAUCCGAACCAUCAGAGAGAGUUUAGGUUCAAAUAUUCCUUCCAAAUAUAAAAAACUUGAACUUCCAAAAUCCAUUAAUGAUCAGAUUCUUUUGAAGGAUCUUCUUUCUUUGGAAGAAAGUUGA